CACGUCCCUGAGCUACCAGCAUGGUCAGAGCGUGCUGCUUCUUGCCGCUCUGGUCUGCAAGUGCCACCCCAGUUCAUGUCCCUGAGGCUACCCUAUAAGACCUUCACAGCUCCAGGCAGUCAACCACCAAACCGCUAACUAUACAAAACACCACUCAUCCCUACCGCUACUACUCAUUUCCUCAUGGCGACGCACCAGAGGAACGGCCACAGCGCCACCGCUGAGAACGGCCACAGCAACGGCAAGACCAACGGCCACAACAAGGAGAAGAGUAACAGCCACAGCAACGGCAAGAGUAACAGCCAUGUGGCGGAGCCGGAGGUGGACUGGAAGUUCGCGAGGGCCAAGGACGGCGUGCUGGCGACGACGGGUUCCAAGCUGAGCAUCCGGGCGAUACGGUUCAAGAUCAGCGCGAGCAUCCAGGAGAACGGGCCACGGCCAGUGCUGCCUCUGGCGCACGGCGACCCGUCCGUGUUCCCGGCCUUCCGCACGGCUGUCGAGGCCGAGGACGCUGUCGCUGCCACCUUGCGGACUGGAGAGCUCAAUUGCUACCCACCCGGCGUCGGCCUACCCGCCGCACGAAGCGCUGUGGCAGAGCACUUGUCAAAGGAUCUACCUUACGAGUUAUCAGCCGAUGAUAUCUUCCUAACUGCUGGCGGAACUCAAGCCAUUGAGGUCAUAAUCCCUGUUCUGGCCCAACCUGGUGCCAACAUUCUGCUUCCAAGGCCAGGUUAUCCAAAUUAUGAGGCGCGUGCAGCAUUUAACAAGUUAGAAGUUCGACAUUUCGACCUUAUUCCCGAGAAAGGUUGGGAGAUUGACAUCAACUCGCUGGAAUCUCUCGCCGACAAGAACACAACUGCAAUGGUCAUUAUAAAUCCGAAUAAUCCAUGUGGGAGUGUUUAUUCCUAUGAGCAUUUAGCCAAGGUGGCAGAGGUAGCAAGAAAGCUUGGGAUACUAGUCAUUGCUGAUGAGGUAUAUGGCAAGUUGGUUUUGGGCAGUGUCCCAUUUAUCCCAAUGGGUGUGUUUGGGCACAUUGCCCCCGUAUUGUCCAUAGGAUCUCUAUCAAAGUCAUGGAUAGUGCCCGGAUGGCGACUGGGUUGGGUAGCUGUAUGCGAUCCCAAAAAGAUUUUGCAAGAAACUAAGAUCGCUGCAUCUAUCACGAACUACCUUAAUGUGUCAACCGAUCCAGCAACUUUCAUUCAGGGGGCUCUUCCCAAAAUUCUUGAAAACACGACCGAGGAUUUCUUUAAGAGGAUUAUUGGCCUGCUUAAGGAAUCGUCAGAAAUAUGCUACAAAGAUAUACAGGAAAACCAAUAUAUCAGCUGUCCUCACAAGCCAGAAGGAUCCAUGUUUGUAAUGGUGAAACUGAACUUACAUCUUUUGGAGGACAUCCAUGAUGACAUUGACUUUUGCUGCAAGCUCGCAAAGGAAGAAUCCGUUAUCUUAUGCCCAGGGAGUGUCCUCGGAAUGGAAAACUGGAUCCGCAUUACAUUUGCUAUUGUUCCAUCUUCUCUCCAAGAUGGCCUCGAAAGAAUCAAAUCCUUCUGUCAAAGGCACAAGAAGAAAGUGAUUAAUGGUUAUUGACUAGACAUGAGAAUGAGUUGUUAAUCAAUUUCAGUUACAUGUUCGUAUUCGUAUGUAUGCUGUGAUGAAAUAAAACUUUUAGUUCACAUGAAUUACAUUCAAUAACUCCUUGAGUAUUGUAUGGAUCACAUGGUUGGGUUGAAACAUACAGUAGUUACUACAAUAGAGCAUGUAUACAACAAAGCAUCAAUGCAUUGCAAAGGC